AUGAAGCACCAAGGAAAACUGCAGAGGUGGCACGAGGAAGAGGCGUAUGUUUGCUGGACCAAGAUGAGCGAUCGGUAUUCCCUACUGUUCGACGAGGACGAGAUCUUCCGGGACUGCCAGCUUGAUGUGGAUGCACGCGAGCAGGAAUCGUUGUUCGAGAGAUCCAAGGCAAUAUACUUGACUGUCGGCAUCUGCGUCCUUGUCGUCGUCGUCUUCAUCGUUGGGUGUUUCGCCUGUCGGAGGGGGCGGCGCAAGGUGCCUCGGGGCAGGGAUUACAUUGGUCUCAAGAAGGCGCUGGCAUGA